UUCUCAUCUCCAUCAUUCGCAAUCAUGGAGAAAAAGUACGGCUCUGGCGCCGACGAGGCCUACGACAUCAACAUCGAGGCCAGCGCACCAAAUGACAACUCAGACUUCACCUUUGCCCACAAUGGCGAGGAGCUCAAGCGUGGUCUCAAGAGCCGUCAUUUGCAGUUUCUGGCCUUGGGAGGAGCCAUUGGAACUGGUCUCUUUGUGGGAUCAGGCGGCAUCCUCGCAGACACUGGCCCUGCGCCCCUCUUCAUGGCCUACCUUUCCAUGUCCAUGAUUGUCUACAUCGUCAUGAACGUCCUGGCCGAAAUGACCGUCUAUCUCCCGUUUCGAGGUGUCACCAUCCCCUACUACGUCAGCCGCUAUGUCGAUCCCAGCCUGGGUUUCGCUGCUGGCUGGAAUUACUGGUAUGCCUACACAAUGCUUGUCGCGGCAGAAGCUUCAGCUGCUGCCAUUGUGCUGGACUAUUGGAAAGCCCAUGUCAACGUUGCCGUCUGGAUUGCCAUCGUGCUCGUUGUCCUGCUAGCGCUCAACUUGUUUGCCGCUGCCAUUUUUGGAGAAGCAGAAUUCAUCUUUGCUUCGAUCAAGCUUAUUGCCCUGUUUGUUCUUUGCAUCAUUGGCAUAGUCUUGUUCUUUGGUGGUGGACCAAAUCAGCAUCAUGUCCUCGGUUUCCACUACUGGAAAGAUCCAGGCGCAUUUGUAGAGUACAAUGCCAAGGGAUCGACGGGCAAAUUCCUGGGCUACUGGCACGCCUUCGUCAAAGCAGGAUUCGCUUUCAUCACUAGCCCCGAACUGAUCGCCAUCGCCGCUGGAGAGGCCGUUUCCCCCCGUCGAAACCUCAAAAAGGCUGCCCGUCGCUUUACAUUCCGUCUGGCAUUGUUUUACGGUGUCUCGUCUCUCAUCAUUGGCAUUAUUGUCCCCUCAAACGAUCCUAGACUGCUUGGAGCCUCGAAUGCUAGCGCGUCGCCCUUUGUCAUCGGCAUCCAGAACGCAGGUAUUCCAGUGCUUAACCACAUCAUCAAUGCUGUCAUUCUUACCUCUGCGUGGUCGGCUGGAAACUCUUUCCUCUAUUCCGCCAGCCGAGUUCUAUAUUCCAUGGCCAUCAAUGGUGAAGCUCCCAGGCUGUUUGCCCUUACCAAUCGCAUGGGUGUCCCCUGGGUUGCCGUUCUCUUCACCUGGCUCUUCUCCCUUCUCGCUUUCCUCAACGUCAACAAUUCCGGUGCGACUGUCUUCAACUGGUUCGUCAACAUUUCCACCAUUUCCGGCUUCCUUGCCUGGAUUAUCAUUAUGAUUACCUAUCUUCGCUUCCGCAAGGCUAUCUUUUUCAACAACCUCUGGGGAGAAAUGCCGUACAAGACACCUCUGCAACCAUAUGGUACCUACGCUGCGCUGUUUGUUAUUUCUAUCCUAACCAUCACCAAUGGUUUCCAAAUUUUCAUCGGCGACAACUGGAAUGUCAGCGACUUCCUGGCUGCAUACAUUACUCUACCAAUCUUCCUUGUCCUUUAUGUUGGUCACAAGAUUUGGAAGCGAACACCGUUCGCCAUUAAGAUAUCUGAAGUCGACGUUAUUACUGGCAAGAAGGAGAUGGACGAAAUGGAGGCACGGGAUCAGCCACCUGUGCCCAAGAACUGGCUGGAGAAGGUGUGGUUCUGGCUGGCCUAGACGGGGGUAUUGGAUGGACGGGCUGCUUGUAUAUCCUGCUGCGAUUUUUAGUGUAUAUAAAGGUGAUUGACGGUGAAAUUUCUUAUUGGAUAUCGCCAAAAGAUAUGUGAUAGUCUGGAGGUGGUGGCCAUUGUCGAGUCACCUACUGCCUUAGAUAUCCUAUCAGCUAUGAUUUAGAUGAGAGUAUGUUGAUGAAUAUAUAUCC